GGGGCCGGGGCGCGGGCCGGAGACGCCGGAGGGCCGGCGACACCCGGGGAGGGACGAUGAAGCGGCAGAAUGUGCGCACGUUGGCGCUCAUCGUGUGCACCUUCACCUACCUGCUGGUGGGCGCCGCCGUGUUCGACGCGCUGGAGUCGGAGCCGGAGAUGAUCGAGCGGCAGCGGCUGGAGCUGCGGCAGCUGGAGCUGCGGGCGCGCUACAACCUCAGCGAGGGCGGCUACGAGGAGCUGGAGCGCGUCGUGCUGCGCCUCAAGCCGCACAAGGCCGGCGUGCAGUGGCGCUUCGCCGGCUCCUUCUACUUCGCCAUCACCGUCAUCACCACCAUCGGCUAUGGUCACGCAGCGCCCAGCACGGACGGUGGCAAGGUGUUCUGCAUGUUCUACGCGCUGCUGGGUAUCCCGCUCACACUCGUCAUGUUCCAGAGCCUCGGUGAGCGCAUCAAUACCAUGGUGAAGUACCUGCUGCAUCGUGCCAAGAAGGGGCUGGGCAUGCGGCACCCCGAAGUGUCCAUGGCCAACAUGGUGCUCAUCGGCUUCGUGUCGUGCAUCAGCACGCUGUGCAUUGGCGCCGCCGCCUUCUCCUACUAUGAACGCUGGACCUUCUUCCAGGCCUAUUACUACUGCUUCAUCACGCUCACCACCAUCGGCUUCGGCGACUACGUGGCGCUGCAGAAGGACCAGGCGCUGCAGACGCAGCCGCAGUACGUGGCCUUCAGCUUCGUGUACAUCCUCACGGGCCUCACGGUCAUCGGCGCCUUCCUCAACCUCGUGGUGCUGCGGUUCAUGACCAUGAACGCCGAGGACGAGAAGCGUGACAAGGAGCACCGCGCACUGCUCACGCACAACGGCCAGGCGGGUGGCCUGGGGGGCCUGAGCUGCCUGAGCGGUAGCCUGAGCGACAGCAUGCAUCCCCGCGACCCGAUCAUGUGCCCGGCGGCCGCGGGCGUGGGUGGCAGCGGCUUCCGCAAUGUCUACGCCGAGGUGCUGCACUUACAAUCCAUGUGCUCGUGCCUGUGGUACAAGAGCCGCGAGAAGCUGCAGUACUCCAUCCCUAUGAUCAUCCCGCGGGACCUCUCCACGUCCGACACGUGCGUGGAGCACAGCUUCUCGUCGCCGGGAUGCGGUGGCCGCUACAGCGACACGCCCUCGCACCCCUGCCUGUGCAGCGGGACGCAGCGCUCGGCCAUCAGCUCGGUGUCCACGGGCCUGCACAGCCUGGUUACCUUCCGCAGCCUCAUGAAGCGCAGGAGUUCGGUGUGAACCACACGGCCAGGCCUGCAGCACCUGUGAGCCAGCAGGGUGGGGGUCCAGCCUGCAGAAGCCGCAGGAGUUGACCAGGAGGCCCCACCCAAAGACGCCUUCGGGCCCCGUGGGACGUCCCCAGCCCACCACCUCUAUUCUUCCCUAGCCCCUAAUCUCCAACUGUGCGGGCUUGCACUAGCCAGCAGGAGACCGGGCUCUGAGGACCCCUGGAGCCCCGAUCAGAGCCCGAUCCAUUCCGAGAAAUGUGAAACUUGGGAGGUGGGGAGGUGGGGACCGCAGCCACUAGGAGCCUUUCGGAAAUCUGAGAAGCUCCGCAGUCCUCAGAGGCCCUGCUGGGACCCAGAACCCUUACCUCCCGAGGGGACUUCUGUUCUCGGGUUUUUUGUUUGUUGUUUGUUUGUUUUUUGUUUUCUGGUUUUGUUCUGGUUUUUUUUUUUUUUUUCAUCUCUACUUAUACCUCCCCUGGGUUCUCCAAAGCCCACGGUGUCUUUGUCCAGGUCACCCCCCACUCCAUCCCACCUUGCUCUCUCAUCUCCAGUCACGUCUCCCAGCCUUCCACUACCUUCUGUGUCUUUUUUUUUUUUUUUGCAUGGCUAUGCAGUUAUGGAAGAAAAAAAAAAAAGGAAAUCCCAGCGGUCCCUAAAGCUAGUCCCCAGAGGGCAGGACAGGGGAAAAAAAGUGGCAGGCAGGCCACAGGAGUUAGAGCAAAGUGAGCGCAGAAACUGUGGCUUCCAACUCUGCGAGGCGGCCACAUCCGUAGGUGAGCUACCUGGAGUCUGAUGUCAUGCUCAGGGCUCCGGGGAGACUCCAGCCUUCAGGAUUGCCCUUGGAAUCUGAAACACAGACUCCCGCUUGCUGUCUGUCCCUGGCUGCUGUUAUGGCUGCUCACCUACUCUUCCAUUUAUAGUGAUUUUUUUAGCACCGGAAACCCUGUCCUCCCUACGUUCAUUUGAGUGUACUAACACUCGGGUUAGGUCACCUGGGCAGUUCUUAUGGCCAUUUUUUUUUUUUUUCAGAAGAGGAAAACAGGUAAAAAUUACUUGCCCCAGGUGAUGCAAGUCUUGAAGGGGAACAAGAACCUGCAAGCUUGUUCCCAGCCCAAGUGCUCUUCUUUCUGGCCCAGCCUCCUCUCAGAAGCAACGGGCAGCACCCUGGCCUUGUGUAGGCAGCUGGGGCGUAAACUAGAAUCAGAACCCCUCCGUCAGAGCCCUUUUGCCAUGGCUCUGACUCUGCUACUCUUCUUAGCCCAGAGACCGCGGCUCUAAAUGGACCCUUGUCUCUGUUCACAAGCAGGGAAGUCCUCGGGACUGAGGUGAGCAGGACUAAAAGUCUCACGGACUAAAAGCCGGGAGUUGCAACACUCUGAGAGUUCAGGGACUGGGCUGAGCAGCCCAGACAGCUGGCAGGUGUAUCCUGGGACAUUAUCCCUGGACUAGAAGCCGGGAUGGGUGCCUGCAUCCUAAGUUGCUAGACCUAAGGCUUCCACUAUAGCCAGGAAUGCCCCUCUAGGGGAGAGAAUGUAUUGGACUUGGUAUGCCCUCUACCUCCUCCACCUGCAACCCAGGUUGGGGGUGGCGGACUGGUGGCUUGCUACUGGGGACAAGCUAGAGGUGGGGUAGGCCCAGGGCAGCAGAAGGGUAUGUGUGGGGCUGUGGGUAUGGCUCAGAGGUAAAGCACUUUCCUAGUGUGCUUGAGACCCUGAGUUUCAUCCCUGGCACCAGGAAAAGGGGGAAGGGAACACCCCCCUCCCCCCAGCUGCCUUCCACUCACUGUUCCCAGGCCUAGAGUAAGGCCAGCCCGACCAUUUGGCAAGCUAGAGAGAGAGCCCCCACCAUGUCCUCCAGGCCCUGGCGGUCCCUAGGUGGAAGGAAUCUGACCUAUGUGUAUCCCCUGUCCUUGUGGAAGAGCUGGCCCGUGUGCCAAGGGGAGUGGGACCCCGGAGCUGGAGAGGUGCCGUCUGUGUUUAUGUUGGGGCAGGGGCAGUGCUCACUGCCUCUGUCCUGUGUGUGACCCCGCCCUCGAGGGGUCAAGUCCCGUCAGAUCCGAGGGAGCCACAACCAAAGUUACAGAGAGGGUGGGGAAGGCAGCAGAGCGGCCCUAGGGUUCUGAGCUUGGGGGACUGCUUGUCUCCUGUAGGGUCUUGCCUAGGGAACUCGAAAGCCACUGUCACUUCCUGUCUCACCCCCUCCCACUGCAGGCAGCCUUUCUGCUUCCCCAAUGCCUUAUGCCUGGGCACACUGCCACAGAAUAUGCAAUAUGUGUGGGUGACACGCCCCACACCCACCCGGGCAGCCCCUAAGUCCCCCCAGGCUGUGGCUGCCCUGGCCCCCCUCAGCAGCUCCUGCCCAUCUGUCUUCACAUUGAGAAUGGCGCCUAAUAAAUGCUGUCCAUGGAGACCA